AUGGACUCCACCUUCUCUUUCGGGGUGAUCCUCGCCACCCUGGCCUCCCUCAUUAUUGCAGUCAAUGCCCUGGUGGCCGUGGCAGUGUUUCUCCUGAUCCAUAAGACAGACAGCAUUAGCCUCUGUUUCACCUUGAACCUGGCUGUGGCUGACACCCUCAUCGGUGUGGCCAUCUCUGGCCUCAUUGAUGACCAGCUCUCCAAUCCAGCCCAUUCCACCCAGAGGACCCUGUGCAGCCUCCGAAUGGCCUUCGUCACCUCUUCCGCAGCAGCUUCCGUCCUCACCGUGAUGCUGAUCGCCUUUGACAGGUACCUGGCCAUUAAGAAGCCUUUCCACUACUUCCAAAUCAUGAAUGGGCCACUGGCUGGGACCUGUGUGUCUGGCCUGUGGCUGGUGUCCUACAUCAUUGGCUUCCUCCCACUGUGGGUGCCCUUCUUCCAGCAGGGCACCUACCAGGGUCCCUGCAGCUUCUUUGCUGUAUUCCACCCUCGCUUUGUUCUGACUCUCUCCUGUGGGGGCUUCUUCCCUGCCCUGCUACUCUUCACUUUCUUCUACUGUGACAUGUUCAAGAUUGCCUCCCUGCACAGUGAGCAAAUCCGGAAGAUGGAGCAAGCAGGGGCCCCAGGAGGGCAGUGCCCUGCCCCCCGGGUGGCUGGGGACCUCAAGGCCCUCCGAACUGUGGCUAUCCUCAUCGGGAGUUUCACACUGUCCUGGGCCCCAUUCCUCAUCACCGGGAUGGUGCAGGCUACCUGCCAGGAGUGUGAGCUCUAUGAAGUGCUCGAGAGCUACCUGUGGCUGCUUGGCGUGGGCAACUCUCUCCUCAAUCCACUCAUCUAUGCCUACUGGCAGAAGGAUGUGCGCAUGCAGAUCUACCAGAUGGCUAUGGGAGUGAAAAAGAAAUUCGUCCUGCUUUUCUUCAUCUUCCCCAGGGACCCUGGCCCAGGGGAACCCAGGGAGAGCUCCUGCCACAUCGUCACUAUCUCCCACCCCCAGCUGUAG